UGUCACUGUGGACAGAAAGAGGAAACUGAGCUUGUCACGGAGGAAACUCCCGCAGACUUCUCGUCAGUGUUCAGGAGGAGCUGGCUGCCAAGGAGGAAGCAUCGAGCGCAGGCAGACACGCCGAUGGACAAAGGAAAAGCACUGCUCGUCGUAUAAAAAUUUCGGGUUGAUAUGAAUGCACACACUUGCCUCCUCCUGAGACCAAUUUGGAAAAGAACAGGCUCCUAGACCUCUCUGUCCCCAGGAAUGAUGCCUCUCUUCUGGGUUGGGCUUUGCUCAACGCUCCUUACUCUGGCUCUCUCCUCUGGUCGAGAUCAUUGUAGCGUCCGUGAGAGCUUCAGCUCACAGAACGAGUCUCCAUUGCUGGAAUCGUUGCGGUGCUAUAAUGAUUACGCGUCGUACGUCCACUGCACAUGGAGGAAACACAAAGAAUUCACGUCGCUUUGGUUCAAGACCGAAAACAGCAGGAAUUUGUGUGUGCCGUACGAUCCUCCAUACCAAGAUGAGCACGGGACUGUGCAGUGCAGAUACAAAACUCUUGCAUUUUCCAUUGGCAUCAAACACACCGUCUUCUUCCUCAAGAACGCGACCGUCUGCUCAUCCGUCGCACCCGAGCCCCUGGAUCUCUCUCUGCACUUGAGAGCGCGUGAACCAGCGAACCUGUCCACACACGAUCCAGGCGACGGAGGCCGGCGGGUCAGUUGGUCCAGCCCCUACCCCUCCACCUCCUCCCUGGACAAAAAUCUCACCUACCAGCUCAGCUACAGACCAGACGACCAAGACAACUGGACCACCGAGGAUGUCACAGACACCAGUACGAAACUGGACAGACAGCUGCUGCGUCCGGGUCACGCGUAUGAAGCCAGGGUGAGGGCCCGGGCCAGCGUGGGCCAGUGGAGCAGCUGGAGUCCUGUGGUGACCUGGAGGACUCAGGAAGACGCUGGGCAGUUUCCCGGGCUGCACUGUGUGCUGGAUGGGGAGACGGAGGUGACGUGCAGCUGGGAGGUGAGCAGAGAGCUGGCUCACUUCAUCACCUACCAGCUGGCCUGUGGACUCGACCAGACUGCGCCGUCUCAGGGAUGCUGCGUGAGGCCAACAGUCAGCUCCGGCCGCAGCAGCACAGCGCUGAGGUACAGCUGCUCUCUGACCGUGGCAGACCCUGCCCGCCUGCUGCUGGAGCUCCAACCAACGCGCAGAGCCAAGACUUUUAAGGCCUACCAACACAUCUGCCCCAACCCGCCACAGCAGGUAAAAGUGAAGGAGAAAGGCAACAACUGGAUGGUGGAAUGGACUGAACCGAGCAAAGCUUCAAUACUGAAACUGUCCUAUCAGGUCUGCUAUUACAAGACACAGGAUCAGGGAUGUUCUACGCUGCUGAACAUUUCCGAGGGCUCCACGUACCUGACCAUCCAGGGAGCGUCUCUGACCCCGGACCAGCACCACCAGGUCAAAGUCAGGUCACUGGUCGUCCCUGGAGACGGCUCCAGGUAUGAGGGAAUCCCCUCUGAAUGGACGGAACCUGUGGACUGGACCUCGCGCGCAGCACCCUGGUCCCUCAGCACCUUGAUAUAUGUUCUCAUCAGUGUGCUUGUGGUCACGGUCUUCUUCACACUCUACUGCACCAUUCCAGCUUGUCAAAGGAGGGUCAUGCUGUGGGUGGACUCGGUUCCUUCUCCGGCCAAAAGCAAAAUCCUGUGUGAGAUCAAGUCCGCCACCAGGGCGACCCUGCAGAGUGAGAACACCUCCAUCUGCAAAGUGCUGCACUACAACACCGUAUCCACAUGCUCCUCAGACGCUUGCCUGUGGCCAAUCGUGGCCUCAAACAAAAAGCCGGGCGCCGUGUUCCGGAACAGGGAUAACUUGCCCGCCCCCGCUGAGAAGGUGACCACCUCUGACACAUCCUCCAUAAGCUUCAGCGGACCAUACAUCUUCUGUCAGCAAUCAGAGCGCAACCACAAGUCCGUGGAUGUCGAGCGUGAAGAAAAAGAAGACGAGAUCUCCUCAGAUGACUCUCUGUCCAGAGUGAAAUUCCCCUUUAAUGGAGAAGAUUAUGUGUCUCUACCCAGACGCACUGUGUCCAAGUCCACACAGGACCUUGUGUCUACCGGCGUUGCCAACACAAGCACACACAGCCACCACGGCGUUGAGCAGCACCAGCAGUGUCCAGACAACACGCCGGGGACAGACAAGGCUGACGUCCAGUCAGGCCUCAGCCAGGCCACCACCGGUGACCAACCUCGGGCUUACACCUCCGAACCUUUCACCCCCUGGCCUCAAGGUGGCACCAUACAGGCCUCGGGGUACUUCUGCCUCCCGCAGCCCAAAUGAGGAGGAGCAUAUCAGGCAGGACUGAUCAGGCUUUCUCUGCAGAUAUUGCUAAUUUGUUUAGCCAUGAUUUCUUCUUCUUUUUCAUAGGCUUUCCAUUAAAUGUCAAACUACUUAUGCUUCCAUUUGGGGAAAAAUGAAUUACCAAUAGACUGUAUAUAAACAUGUAUUACCUCAUGGGCUAUUACACAUUAGAAAAGAUUUUUGAAGAAGAAGAAGAAGAAGAAGAAUCUUUUUGCUUGUUUUACUUUGACCUGACAUUAGUUUUGGUGUCUGGCCAGUGGAGGGCAGUAGUGAGCUGAGCCUGUGAGUGUAGUGCAAGCAAGGGAUGGACUGCAGUAUGACAAACAAAAUAAAAAUGUCUUAACAGAGAAAUAAUUAAAUAAAUUCCUCACACGUACUAGGUCAUGAUAAAAUCUUAAAUAACAGGAGCACCUUAUAAUGUCAGAUGUCAUUUUCAUUGAGCCUUUUUUUCACCGAAAGAUAUGAGAACUCACAGACUUUGUACAACGUUUUUUGCACAUGUGAAGCGUUUCAUGCAGGAGCUAACCACAGACUGCUACGAACUAUUGAAUGUCACCUUUUUUUCCAUUAGUCUCUUCAGUUUUGCAUCUCCGACACUGACGCUGAGAUAAGAAGCUCAGUGAUGUGACCUGUUUGCUGACUAUCAUACGUAUAAAAUGCCAUGUUUGCACAAGGAAGUGUGUUCCGACCUUGUUCCUGAAUGUAUAUAUGCAGCGCUGUGUGUUUCGACAUUGUGAUGUGCUGUUAUUGCUGUUAAAUGUCAAAGUACUGACGCCUGCAGAGAUAUUUGACUUGAAAGUACCAGGGACUGAAAAUAUGCUAAUAUAUAUAUAUAUAAAAUAUAUGUAAUGCCUUCAGGUUGUGUUAGUAACACCCCGAUUUGAUGUCAGUUAUAGAUCAUAGGUGUGAAGUCUGACUCACUGGACUUACACCGCCAUUGGCCACAUGUCUCAGCUGUCAUUCAUUCUUCUUUUGCUAAAAAAAAGAAAAGGUUUUUGUCCACGGGCACAGAUUCUGUGUGCCUGGGUAUUUGUUGAUCUCUUGCAUCACUAGCGUGUGUCUGUAUUUGUUAACAGAUGUAACAGUUUCAGAUUAGACAUUUCAACAUAGCAA